AUUUCCGCGGCUUUUCGGAGAAGCAGGCUUUCAAGUCGAUACACAGGAUGUCCAGUGACAGGUUUUAGGUAAGUUCAUACGCUGUUAUUACUUAUUAGACACCUUAAGAUUGACGUUUAUUUUAUUUACGCCUAACCGCAAACCGCGGUUUGUUGUUAGCGGUUUCACGUUUGCCGUACUUGCAAAUAUGAAAUUAAGAUUGACGUUUUUCUUCGCGUUCAAUUUUUUCCCGUCGAAACUAUAGGAUCCAUUUGAAUUGUGCCAUCCUGUCAAAAAAACAAAUGUCACUACCAAUUUGUUAAAAUGAAUUGAAAUAUGAUGAAAGUAUAAAUGUAAGUAAGAAAUAUGCAAGUAUGUUUAAACAUGGAUUGUGAAAAGGUCGUCAAUGAUUUUGAACUUGCUUUAUCGUGAAUGUUCAGAUGUAAACGUUUAUUAAUUAAAACGAUUCAAAACACGACUUAAAAUAAACAAAUCUCAAUUUAAGAAAUCUAUCAUACCAAAAUCGGCCACAAAAUAUUGAACUGACAAUCGAAAUUUUCAUGUUUGUUUAACCCAAAUAAUAUCAUGAUUGCGGGUAUUCCCUUUGUUCUCGCAGGGCAAUUAAAAACUAAUGCACCUCAUUAUAUUCAUAUUUUCUAAUCCUACCCGCUUUUACGUCAUGUCAGGUAGAAUUAGUUCUAAUCCUACCCGAAACGACGUCAAAGCGGGUACGAUUAGAAAAAAUGAAUAUAAAUGAGAUAUCUGAAAUCGCCAAAACUAAACAAAGACAUGGAAAACAAUUAUACCAUUUAAUUUAUACCAUUAUUUAUUGUUAAUUGGUUUUUAAUGGCCCUGCGUAAACAACGGGAAUACCCGCAAUCAUGAUAUUAUAAGGUAAUAGCAUAAAAAGAAGCGAAUUAGCUAUUAAAACGUCCCGCCCGAUGAGGGUCGUUUAGUAUAAUUGCCUUGGGCGCCGCUCGAUGAGGGUCAUUUUGAAUGCAAAUGCAAUGAGCUUUGUUUCUGCCCGCGAUUUUUUGGUCAGCGACGACAAAUUUCCCACCUGUUCUAUUACUUAUAAUAAAUAAGAGUCGAUUGGGCGCCAUGUUGUCUAUAUAUCGAAUUUAUACAUGGUUCGGUUAAAGCACUCAGAAUAUGAAAAAGUUCCGUUAAAAACAACUUUUAUCCAUCCAAAUCAAAGAUAAGAUGUAUAUUUGUCUUAAUAUAUGUCAUAUACGUGCAAUGAAGUAAUAACAGUUGAAUAAAAUGCUGAGGUAAAUCACUUACCUGUAGAAUGCACUCUUGAGGUUUAAAACAUGAGCGAUUUACGGCAAACAUGACGGCAAGCUCCUGGUCACGUGGUUUCUAGCGGUUAGACGUUUGCGAAAAAUACGUCAAUCUUAAGGUGUCUAUUGACAGGGUUUACCUGGGAUUACUUUACUUUUUUAUGCCCAAAAUAAUCAGUAUGCCAAUAAAAUUAGUCUUUCAAGUCAUAAGCUUGCAAAUCAUUGGUGCGUAAGGAGUGGCGUUGCCAGCCCGACAAUUUGGUCAUGCUAUGCAAAUCUUUCCGUGUUCAUAGACCGUGAAAACAAACAAUUUCUGAAGAAAUGAAUAAUAUGAUUUUUUCUGUGUUGGUGUUGUGUACUCAGGUGAAUAUGAUGUUUGUGAUGUUACUGACCGCGUAGCUCAGUUGGCGGAGCAUUGGUCUAGUAUUCCAAAGGUCGUAGGUUCUUUUCCCACCGUGGCCGGGCAUAUUUUUCAAGCUCGCCCGGUGUGGAUAUACACUCAGAGUAACAUCGCAAAUAUCAUAUUCACCUGAGUACACAACAUCAACACAGAAAAAAUCAUAUUACUAGAUUACAUUGGUAUCGAAGGAACUAGAUUCUGUUCCGAAAUAUCACUUACUCGAACCGUCCUGACCGCGUAGCUCAGUUGGAAGAGCAUUGGGCUAGUAUUCCAAAGGUCGUACAGUAGGUUCGAUUCCCACCGUGGCCGGGCAUAUUUUUCAAGCUUGCCCGAUGUGGAUAUAUACUCAGAGUAACAUCACAAACAUAAAAAAUUAAUGAAUAAUAAUGAUUUGAUAUUUGCGUAGCAUGACCAAAUUGUCGGGCUGAUUACGCCACUGUGCUUAAUGCCGGGUACAAUUUACGUAUAAAAAUAAUACAGGAUACAUUCCAUUUUUGAUAAUUAUUUGUUCUUUCAUUUGUGGACCAUUCGAUGGUAUAGUGCGCUCAAGCACAUUCAAGACUUAUCAAGUGAGGAUGCUCAACUAGGUUAUAGUAACAUUUAGUAAUAUUAUAUAGUUACGUUAAAGUAACAAUUAGAUUUUUAGGAACAUUUCCUUGAAGAAAACCUUCACAGUCACGAUAUAAACCAACACGCAGAUGGACAUAAAACACAUGUCUCCCAAGUUUACCUGCAUACACCCAAUGAGUACAAUAUUUUGUAUCUACAGAAGCAUUACAGUACAAUUCCAAGAUCAUUGCUUUUACUUACAGCGCGGGAACAAUAGUUGUUACAUACCUAGCUACAUUAGAUCCAUCUGCAACCAACGAAACUGCUUCAACUAUCCAAGCGGCCAUACAACAACAACUUUUCGUUAACGGUACUGGAACCUUCCUUGGGCAAUAUCAUCUACAAGGAACCAGGCAGACUGCCCUAACAUUUGAAGGUAAGUCCAUCUUCUCAUCUUGUGGGAAGAAACGCUCGUCCUAAAAGCGUAUGAAAUACCAAAAAGCUUGUUGAAAAACAAGGCGCUAGCAAAAUUUAAUAUAUUUCAAAUCGUUUUACACGCCAGUAAUAAACCGCUUUUGAGUUUUUUACAUCUCAAACGGAAUUGUAAAUCAAGGCGAAAAUUGAGUUAAUUUAUGGGCGUUUAUUACCAUGGUUUGAAGACAACGUUAUCGUGCAAGUUUCCUUGCUGUUUUGCUCAUGAAUGUCUAAUUAGUCUGAGAUGCAUAUUAAUUGGAUGAAACAGCACGCUGAGGUAAGCGAUUGCCUAAAGGACGUUUUCGCUUUGCCAGCGCAGGCGAAGCGUUCAUUGUUUUUGACGACUGUCACGCCCGCUGAACAGAUUUUCGAAGCCCGCGCGGGCAAAGCGACUGCAAUGGAAAACUGCCUUAAAGAGUAGCAGCAAUAAAGCGAUUUGAAACAUAAAUUUUACCUGAUUUUUUGCAUAUUCAGUUGUUGUAAGACUAUAUUACAACAUGGUCUACUUGCCGCCAAAUUUGUCUAGAUUCUUUUGAUGCAUUCACACAAACAUUAAUUGUAUACAUUAUUAUCAAUGUACCAAUUCCUUACUUUUUGAAUGUUUCACAUGUAAUGCUGGCGGGGAAAAUACUGGGCCUCUGCAUGGAAAAUAUUCGUUGCAGUUUGAAAUAAUUAAAAUGAAAUAUUAGAGUAAAUAAAUGCAACAUUAUUACCUCCGCCAGGAGGUUAUGUAAUCAUCUGGGUUUGUGUGUAUGUGUGUGUGAAUGUGUGUAUGUGUGUGUGUUUGUCUGUGAGCACGAUAACUCAAGGAAUUCCAAACAUAUUCAUACGAAAUUUGUUGAAUGCAUUUCCCAUCGGCUAAGGAAGAAUUGAUUAAAAUUUGGUUGGAUUUGGUUAAAAAUUGAACGAGAAAUGAACAAACUUUUGUCUUGCUUUUCCCGGUCAAUUAAAAAAAAAAACUCACUGAAUACGUAAUUAGGACGUGUAUAAUGUAUGCACGCUGUACUAAGACAAUAAUGAGAUGACAAACCUCAUGAAGCUUCAUCCUUCAUUAUCUAUAUUGUCUUGGUUGCAUUGCACGCGACCGAAAUUCAAUGUUUAAAACAAGGCUUACGGAGUUACGCAUUAUUGCGUUCAGCAAAGUGCCAGUCCAUUCAAAUUCUAAUAACAUUAGAUUACUUCAAUACAGGGUGUAUAAAAAAAACGCAACCUCGUAAUUUCCCAAGAAAUCGACAUUGUUUUAAAGACAAAAGAUUUUAGCUGCCUGGGAAUUUAAAAUAGCACAACUGUCAAAAUUACUGCACAACGCGAGUGCAUAAAGCAAAAUUUAUGCAUUUAUUUAAUGACACUUAAUAAGUUUUAUUUUACAAGUACUGUACAUGUAGUACAACAACAGUAAUAUGAUCUAUUAGCAAUUCGAUUUCAAUUCCCGGGGGCCUAAAAUCUUUUAUGCUUAAGAAUUACAAAGUGGAUUUCUUAGGAAAUUCCAAGGUUGCGUUUCACUUCCAAGUAGCGGGCGGAGGUAUGCAGUCUCUGAGUGCCCUCUAGUUUCAGAUUAAAUGCUUACGGAGUUGCAUUCCAAAUUAGGAACAGUUUAUUACUGACGUUAAUAUGACUUCGUGUAUAUUUUGUUGAGCAAAACGUUUGCAUGGUGGGAAGAUAAGUUUGCUUCCGCGGCAAGAGUGGACGAACGGCGAACUUUCCAGGAAAGAUGGUAAUUUAUUGUGUUGUAAUAAAAAAAGAAUGUAAUGUUAUAUUUGUCCCAAAUAGAUUAUGAUGAAUGUAAUCCUGCAUCAAGCAUUCAUAUUCAAGACUGUGGUACAGGAGCAACAUGUACUAAUGAAGUAGGAACAUAUUCGUGUCAAUGUUCCACUGGAUAUGAAGGAACUCCGCCUGGUUGUACAGGUAUGUACAUGAGAUGAAAAACAACUAUUACUUUUAGGAUGGAUAGUUAAAAAAAAUUGGAUAGGAAACAACUGACUCUAGCCGACCUGAAUUAUUUGAAAUAUGUGAUGUCACGAAUUCCAUGAAUAUAUAAAGUCUUACUGCGUUUCAGUCGUCCAUUUUCCUAUAUUUUUGCAUUCAAGUAGCUAUUGUGAGAUUCAAAAUGGGUUCAUGAACCUACCUAUACGUGUGCCAUGGCAAAGUAUUCGAAGUAAAGGUAGUUCGUCUUUGUUUCAGAUUUUUACUUUCGUACAUAAUUAAGAAAUUGGCGUUACAAAAACUGUUCUUGUUUUCUAAUGCGUACAACACCGUCUAAUUAACAAUUAGGGCCUGUUCCAGGCGGGACGGGAUGCUUACCGAGAUCCCGCUCGUAAUACGAAUUCUAAAGAGUGUUUAUAUGAUCCCGCCACUUAUCCCGCCUAGACGGGAUCUCGGCAACAGAUGCCGGGAUCCCGCCUAAGCAAGAUGAAAUAUUCCCAUAUAAGCACUUCAUCCCGCCUAGCCGGGACGAAAAAUUCCCAUAUAAACACUUCAUCCCGGCUAGGCGGGAUGAAUUUUUCCCUUUUGAGCAUGCGUAAAUGCUUUAUUGCAACAAAAAUAUGACGUCAAGCACUUAAAUGGCUUCUUCCUGGCAAUGUAUUUUGUCCAUAUAAACACUAGGCGAGUAUCCCGUCUAGGCGAGUAUCCCGUCUAGGCGUGACGAAAACGUCCCGUCCCGUCUAGGCGGGAUCAUAUAAACAGGCCCUUAGUCGCUGAAGGUGAGGUGAUUACAAACCUAUAUAUAUUCACUGAGCCGAAGGCGAAGUUAAUAUAGGCUUGUAAUCACCGAGCCUGAGGCAACUAAUUGGCAUAAAUAAUUUACUUCCCUCUGAUUCUCAGACAUUUCUUUUGGAAAAGCAAUAAUUACUGGUCAGGGCAGUCUGAGCAGUAACUAUUGCCUCAGAGUUACUGCUGAUGGAGUCAAUCAGAAUGCUCAAAGGCCAUUUUUAAAAUACUGAAAUUAUAGUUGCUUGAUGGAAUGCUCAGCUGUAUUGUUGCUAAACGUUGAAUUUGGUGACGUCAUAAUUUGAACAAGGUUGAGGCGCCAUCAGCACGCUGAAAACAUUAUAUAUCAUCAUGAGUUUCGUAUCCAGUGUUUUUAUUUUCCAUUGAAUAUGCUACCGUGUAUAAAUAUUUUCAAAGGUUUUGAGUUUUGUUUAAACAACGAAUUUGCAGCUGACCGUUUUAAACAAUAUAGAACACAUAACCGAAGAUGUGGCCAAAAACGUACCGGAAAUGAAUUUGGGAUAAUAACGACUAAUUGUGCUUAUGUCAUAAAAUGGAAACAUCAGAAAAAAACUCACCUUCACAUCGUCCAUCGUGCUUUCUUCUUAUGUAGUUAUGUUUCUUCUUAUAGUAAUUAAAAUGUCUUUAUUUAGGUACAAACACAGCCACUCUACAUACAAUUAAAUGACUGUUUGUUCUUCUUUUACAGCUGUCGAAGUAUUUCCACCGUUGCAUUUUGGUAUGUUUUGUUUAUCUCUGUUGCUUUUUUCAGUCAUCUGUAAAGUAUAUUGUUCAGUAAUAAACUCCAGAAUCCCAGUCAGGAAAUCUAACCCCAUUUCUCGUUGUGGUACUCAAAGAUUAAUAAAUCUCAAAAGAGCAUUACACUUCCACAAUGUUGCUGUACUCCAUGCUAGAGUCGCAGUUACACUUCUUCAGGGUUCUUGAUUAAAAAUAUCGUAAUAAAACCUAAUAUGGAAUGGGACUGGCCCGGUCGUCAGAGCAGAGCCCAUUCACUUCUGAGAUCGUGGUUUCGAUUCUCGUUACGAACUCGUGUAAAAAGAGUCUGUCAACGCUCUGCCGAAAGUCGUGGGUUUUCUCUGGUGCUCCGGUUUCUUCCCACAGGGAAAGUUGUCAUUGUGGGUUAGGAUAAAUAGACCUUAUGCAUAAUGACGUCACAAGGCUUGAUGCCUGCGAGGAAUGCUGGUCUUAGUAGUCAUCGCCCGGGAAGAUUUCGAUAGUGGCCAUUUUGAAUAGUUUAAUUUUCCCGGGCGAUGACUACUAAGACCAGCAUUCCUCGCAGGCAUCAAGCCUUUUGACGUCAUUAUGCAUAAGGUCUAUUGUUAGUAAAGUAAUAUCAGAAUUGUUGAUUACUUGAUCUAAUCGUCACUGAAAAACCCCGAUGGGUUUAGUAUAGUAGAUGAAUUUACAUUCAAGCGGUGUAAUCUCUCCUCAUUUCCCUGUUAUUUUAUUGAUCGGUGUUAAACGUGCCAACACUUGAGCAAUGUAAAUGUGUACGAAAUCUAGUGGAUCAUUGCGCUGAUCUGAUACAUUAUUUAUAUAGAGCUAUUUCAAAAAAGGUUGACCUUUGAAAAACCUUAAACUCUAAACCUUAAACUCUAAGCGUGCAAAGCAUAAUGGGAGCAUCAUUUAAACAGUUUAGAAAUAAUAUAUGGGGACCAUUUCUUAGAGGCACGGUAUAAAUAUCUCCUUAUACGAGAACAAUUCAUUCACAAAUAGCUGCAAUAAUCACUACUAAGCUUGAAACUUGUGCUCCCAUUAAGCUUUGCCCGCUUAGAGUUUAAGGUUUAGAGUUUUUCAAAGGACAACCUUUUUUGAAUUGGCUGUGUAUUAUGUCGUAAAUUCACCUUAAAAACAGUGCAAAUUAUCCCUGUCAUACCUGUAUAGUGUAUUAGAUAUCACCUUGAUGACGUAAAAAAGGUGACUGCUUAUGCAGUGCAAAUGUGCCCUGGACAGGAUGGGUUGUUGCAGCUCAUCGGGUGUAAAGUUUGAACAGGCGAAAUUUACACAUGCUUGACAAAACAUGGUGAGAUGUUUUGUGCCAGGCUGAAAACCAGAUUUAUCGUGUGAAUUUCAUAAUGUUCCAAGGCACCAGUUUCCAAAUAUAUAUUUUUUUCCAUUCUACCUCAAGGUAACUUUCCCUUGACUAUAAUUUCAUAAUUAAUCGUACUACAGUAUAGUAUCGAUAUUUCGAAAUUGGAAAAGCUAUCACUUUAACAAAAUGUUAUUUCGUUUUUUUCAAUCAAAGUUUCUCACUAUAGCGUUUUGUUGUGUAUUUUAGUGAAUGAUGAUGAUGCAGAGCUGGUGAAAUGGCUCAUGGUUUUUGUCAUAGUUUUCCUUUCCAUUUGCUUCCUUGUCACUUUCGUCGUUAUAAUUGCUAUUUGUAGAACGUAAGUAACAGUUAUACAGGGUGUAUAAAAAUCUGGUAGAUCAUUUUAAAAUGGCCACUAAACAGAAAAUUCCGCAAUAUUUGUGAAACAUGUCAAUGUGGGUGUUUUACGGUCUUCUCUUAGUGGUCCUCUCUGCCACUAAAGUCAUAGACUACCGGCCAGCUUUUCACACACUGAUUGCAUUUCUUGUUACCAGCUGUAUUGUUAUAAAACAAAAUUACAGUUUAAGGAGUUUUAUGACAGACAGUCUCGCACUAAUGAGCAGGAGCAUCUCUACAUCGAAUGUUGUCUCAAGCAAGUUUUGUAGUUGUUUUUAUAUGUUUCUUCCAAGGAAAACAAGCAUGUAGGAGGUAAUGUCUUACAGGUGUAGUUCCAAACUUUAAGUAGACUCUUGAAGUAGACUCUUGAAGUAGGACGUUUGGAAUGUACCAUGUUUACAUAUUAGGCCCCUAAACGUUUCUUUCGGAAUUUACAGUUAAUUUGUCAUUUUACCAUUGUCUAUUUUUAUGCACACUCUGUAUAGUUUGAAACCUAUAUAUGUGUGUUCUUUUGUUUUUAAUCUAUUUUGUUUAUUUUUGUGUGUUUGUUCCUUUUUGCUUUUUUUCUAUUCUGUUUGUUUUUUUCCUGUUUCAAUGUUUAUUUAUAUGCUUGUUUAAUUUCGUUUGAUUAUUCUUUGAUUAUCUUGUCUUGCUUUGUUAUUGUGUGUAAUGUGUUGAUUAGGUUUGUCGGAAAUAUGUCUGGCAUUGGCAGUUUAACAUUUUAACAACGAACAACGAGUACGGACUAUACGUAGGGUUGCAUGAUCAUAAAUUACAGCGUCAUGUUUGACAUGAAAAGAAUGUUAGUAAACUCAUGUUUGUCUUGGUGGUUUUCAACAAAAAGAACGAAUAUUCUUAAAUAAAAUUGUUGACCGCUUUCUGAAAAAAGGUAUCAAUUUCCCGUGCGUAAUACAAAAUGACUGAAAAACGGCAAACUUCGCAGGGCUAUGUUAUCCGCAUUUUACAACAUUUCGCAACGAAACUUCGGAAUAUUACUAAUUUUGUGAUGCUCUUUGUCCAGAAUUGUCCAGAUCAAAAUUUUGUUUAUUAGGUAAUAGGUCGAUUAGGCAUAAUUCAAGAUCAGCAAACUUAAUGUUUUUAACAUUGUAAAACAUUUUUAUUGUUAAAAACAUUAAGUUUGCUGAUCUUGAAUUAUGUUGAAUCGAUUUUCCUAGUACGUUUUAUUCAAUUGAAAGAGCUCAAAUGCGCCUUAAAACCAUCAUUCAAGAGGUUGAAUUAUGCCUUUAAAAGGAUUUUAGAAACUCAUUAAUAAUUCAUGAAGAAAACACAAAGAAAAAUCAUAAGCGUGUCGUAUCUGUAUAUGUGAUACAGAUUCAUGUUGAUUUACAUAAACUUUAACUUUGAUUUUUUCGGCUUAGACAACGUUUAUUUUUAAAAUUACUUCGCCAAUGAACUCAUAAGAUGAGUCGUUUUUUGAGCCAUUUACAACAUUUGCGUCCGUGUUGUAUCGGUUAUACAAGCUCUCGCCUCACGGCCGCUCAUGUUGUAAAUAGUACAUAUUUUGUUAUUGAAUGUUUAUAAGCAAGCAUAUUUUUCUUACAUCGUUAGACUAAGUCAUGCAGGGAAGUACGUACCAGAAGAAGAUGAAAUAUCAAUGGGAAGAGUGACUUCAAUAGCAACUCCCAAGUACGAAGAACGUCAAGUGAUGAGAGAAUAUUACAGCUAA